UAGAACGAUAUGCAGUGUAUGGUAGGUUGAGGUUUUGACAGUGUACUGUAAAUAUAAGCUGAAAUGUCAAGUCUACAUAAACCACAAGGCUUUCGUGGAAAUCAAUCUACAGCGAUCAAUUAUUCAGAACGACCAACUGAGUUUAUGGAAGCGUACAGUCAAAAACAAGGCGUAGACGACAAAGAAAGAAAUUUAAUAACCAAAAUAGCAAACUUCCGACUUUGCUCAAAACACAAGGGACAUCAUCUAGAAUACUUUUGUUUUAAUGAUGACCAAUUAGUAUGUAAGGAAUGUUCGUUUGACAAGCACAAAAAAUGUUUAAAUAUUUCAACAACAUCUGAGGCAUGCAAGGGUGCUUUAAAAUCACAUGCAUUUCUAGAACUAAGAAAUAAGCUUGAUACUAUCAUUAAAAUCAUAAAAGAUGCAGAAGAGCGCGAUUCAUCUGAUAUGACGUCUACUCAUUCAGACAGAAAGAAUCUGAAAUCUCGCAGUGAUGACCAUACUUCAAUUGCAACAUUGGACAGAGCAGGACAAAAGUCUGUCUCGUUUCACAAGUCUAGGUCUAAUCAAAUGCUUAGUUUUAUGUCUGAAGUAAAUGAACAUUUACAAUGUUUCGAAUUUGUAGAAAAACAAGGUUCUGAUGAAUAUGCUUUUUUGUUUUCUCACGUGUGUAAGAAUAUUAUUAACGACUUAGAGUUUGAUGUUACAAAUUGUGUAGAGAAACCGAGAGUACGAAAGCUUUCCAUUAAACAACACAAGCCGGGAGAAUCAGUUUUAUCACUGAUGGGUGUAAAGUUUCAUAAUGCUGAAACUGUGCCAGUUUUUGAGAAUAACAAGAUGUCACCUAAAAUAUCUCCAUCGGAUAAAACGUUGACUUUUCCGCCGAAUGAGUUAAAAAGAAAAACUGCCAGCUUGAAACGUACAACAAUUGAACCAGUGCUUGUUUCUAGCUUAUCUUUUAGUUUCGUUAGUGACCUUGAUUUGAGCAGCACAAAAUUGUGCAGCAUUAGUGGAAUGACUACCAUGGAAAAUGACAUGCUCAUUCUUUGUGAUUCAAACUUUCCGAGAAUAAUAAUUUUUAAGAACGACUUGUAUUUAUACAAAGUGGACAUUCGAUAUGAAUCCUGGGAUAUUGCGCCCAUCAUUGAAAUGGACGUUUUGGUUACGUCACCAGUGAACGAUGAUCAUGUGAUACAAUACAUUGAUAUAAACAAAAAAGCAGUUGUCAAAGAGACAAAAAUAAAACGCUGUGAGCAAGGUGGCAUAGCUACUGCCAACAAAACCAUACUGAUAGGUUUAGAGGAUAAAGUUAAGAUCUUAGAUCACAGAGGUCGUCAAAUGCGAACUAUGUCGGGAAUCAGUGGAAAAAUAAAUUAUGUCCAUGUAUGUGGAAACAACAACAUCGUCAUAGUUACUAAAGACAGCGUUCACUCAGUUACCUCUGAAGGAGUUCUGGUGUUUUCGUACACCUCAACUGAUCUAAUGUUACCAGGUAAACCAGCUAGUGAUCAACAAGAUAACAUUUACAUCCCUGGAUUUUAUUCACACGUAGUACAUCGCCUUAAGUCGGAUGGGAAGUUUGUCGACGCAGUUUUGAACAAAAUGAACAAAAUUUAUUUCCCGACGGCAGUUUGUUUUGAUAUUAAUUAUACAAAGUUGUAUGUUACCACCAACUCCGGAAACGCAGUAAAGGUCUUCAAAGUAGAGAAAUAAUUUUGAAAAUAAGCUAUUCUUAUAUUGGUCAAAUACGUUGAGUUAUUGUUAUAA